GCGGCCAGCAGCAGACAUCACCUUCGCGCAGGAGACGCGGGCGCGUGAAGGCGGCAGAGAGGCAGUCCAGCGUUGGCAUCGCAAACGCGGCUUCGACUUCGACCUUGCUGCAGGGCUCAGCACGGGCGAAGGGCCCCAGUCCGUCUCAGGCGGGGUGGGCAUCGGCGUUCGGCAGCGGUUCGCGGUAGCCACGAUCGACACCAAGUUCAAGCAGCCCCACCGCGUGCCCAGACGGGUGGUCAACAUAGGCGACGGGCUCGCCAUCGAUCUCAUGCCUGUCUACCUUCGCGACGGGGAGAGCAUGAGUGAGGCCAACGCAGACAUCCUAUGGGACGUAGCGUCGCAGCUCAGGGUGGCUGCGCGGCCGUGGAUUCUAGCUGGCGACUUCAACAUGGACCCCCUCCAGAUCGCGGCGCGGGCCGCUACUGCUGGAGGACUCGCGCUGCAUACAGGGACGGCGACCUGCAGGGCGGGGGCGCUCAGUGAGCUUGAUUACGCGAUCAUCUCCAACGAGCUCCAGCAUUUCGUGUUCAGCCAUGGGCCAGUGGUCGAAGCCCCCAUCGGGCCACACAGCCCCGUCCUGUUGGAAGUGCGAGGGCUGCAUGCGGACGCCACGGUGCAGCAGCUACACCGCACGGCGCGGCUGCCGUUCGAUCGGGCCAUCGGCUGCACUCCCUGGGCCCCGCUGUCCGCCUGGACCUGGGAAGAGGGCACGGCCCCCCCUAGCCCGAAGGCAGCCAUGCAGGAGUGGCUCAGGCACGCCGAGGGCUACCUUCUUCCACUCUACGACCUGCACGGCGACGAGGCUCAGAAGUUCGCUGGCAGGGCGGACGGAGUGCGCUUCGUCAACGUCUCGAUCGCCGACGCCAGCCGUCGCCGCUGGGCGCAGCUCAGCUCGUAUGAGACCCACGCCUUGGGCGGUCUGGUCAGCCUACUGCAGCGCGCCGACUUGCUGGCGGCGCGAGGGAAGGACCCACAGGGCCUGGCCAGCCUGGGCAGCCGCCUGAAUGCGCUGCGCCUGGCCGACUACGACGGCAGCUGCGGCCCCGUGCCCAGGGGGGAGCUGGGCGCUGCAGCUACCUCCAGCGACGCGGCAUUGAGGAGGAGGCUCAUCGAGCACGCCAGGGCUCAGCAUCAGGCCAGCCAGCGCAGCGACGCCGCAGCAGCUAGGAAGCAGUGGCAGGCCUGGGCCAAGGGUGCGGCCACAGGCGGGGGGAAGCUGGCCCAUCGCUUCUCCAAGCCCGAGCCGCUGGCCAAGGCGGCCCUGGUCACGGCAGACGAGGACGAGGGCGACGCGCUUCCCGUCAAUGGCGACGAGGCAGCGCAGCACUGCCUCAAGGCGUGGCCCCCGCUCUGGCUCGACCCUCGACGCCGAGGAGGGCUCGAGGAGGCGGCCAGCUGGGAGGCAACCGAGCCGCUGCCGCACCUCGAGGUGGACAGCCUCAGGCACCUGCUCAAGCGGCACGGGCGGCGGGCUGGCCUGGGUUGGGACCAGCUCCACCCGAGGCAGCUGCUCCGCUUGGACGAGUCCUUCCUGGUCAGGCUCCUCGAGGUGCUGGCCAGCUGGGAGGACGCGCCCGAGGCCUACCUGGACUGGCUCUCGAUCAUCGUUUUCCGCGCCAAGGCCGACGGUGGCAGGAGGCCUAUUGCGCUCACCUGCCUUCAGAUUCGGCCCUGGUCGGCCAUGCGGGGGCCCAUCGUCAGGGAAUGGGAGGCGCAGCACCAUGAGGCCUGGUACAUCGGCGGGGAGCUCAACACGUGCGAGAGGGCUGGCUGGGCACACCAGACCCUCACAGCCCUGGCAUAUGAGAAAGGCCUCAGCACGGGCACUGUCCUGGGCGACCUGCGGAAGUUCUACGAGUCCUUCAAGAAGGUCGCGGCCUUCUACCCCAGCGUGCGGCUGGGCAGCGUCGUCGACGACUUCACGCUCCAGACAGUUGGCACCACGGGCAUGGUGAGAGCUGUGCUAGGACCCGCCAUGCGCAUGCUGUUGGGCUGCUUUGACGAGAAGCGGGUGCCCGUCCACUUCGGGAAGCUACGCUACCUCACACCCGACGCGGAGGUUGCGAGACAGCUAGAGUCAGAGUGGCCCGCCGAGGACGGCAGGGCGCAGCGCGGCAGGCUGCUGGGGAACGACGUGCACGACGGGCGCUGGAGGCGCACAGCCAUCGGUGCACAUCGCGUCGAGGAUGCGCUGGCCAGGUCUCGGCGGCUGCAGAUACUGAGGGCGGCCGGCGCCAAGGUCGCCGCGGUGCAGAGGGGCGGCCCCACGGCAGCCGCCACCUGGGGCUCGGCCACGACUGGUGCUUCCGUCGGACUGAGGAUGAGGUGCUACCCCAAAGGCAUCGAGAGGGACCCCGCGGCGGUGAACGCAGGCCAGGUUGUGCUGCAGUUCGGCAUGGCGCUCUGGCUGGGCUACCCCACCCCGUUCGCCCUCAGCACGCUGCUGGAGAAGGCCAAGCAGCGGCUCGUGACGGCGAAGCGGCCAUGGGCUACCUGCAGGGACCCCGUGGCAGCCUUUUUCCUCACCAUCCGCAGGCUCGGCUGGUCCAUCGAGGGCUGCAGGUACGUCUCCACGGACCAGGGGUUGGAGGUCGACCUCGCCAGGGUUUCGCCGUCCUUCAGCAAGGAGCUGGCAGAGGGGGCGGCCAAGAGGUGGUCGGACCGCGACGCCACCUUCAGGCUCUACCCCCACCAGAGCUCGGAGUUGUACUGGGGCUCGCUGCAGCGUCUGGGCAGGACCAAGGAGUCGCUCGGCUGGCAGCAGCACCAGCGGGCGGCCCUCCACUCCGUCAUUCCAGGCACGGUACUUUCCCAGACGCGGCUCUACAAGAGAGGCAUGGCCUCGGAGUGGGAAUGCCUCCUGUGCAGGCGAGACCCCGACGGUGAUCCAGUAAGGUGGCAUCGGCGACCAGCCUCGGGAUACCUCACAGGCCUCAUCUUCACCGACGGCAGCGUGGUCGGCACGCGAUGGCCAGAGCUGCAGCGCGCGGGCUGGUCGCUCGUGCAGUGCGACGGGCAUGGGCGCCUGGUCGCUGCAGCAUGGGGAUGGGUGCCCCUCUCCAUGGCGCCGCGGCAGGAAGCGCGGGACGGCGAGGACUACGCCUACCACAUGGCGGCGUUCCUCUGCGAGGGCCACGUCGACUUCCAGACGGACUGCUCAGGGACGGUGGCCUGCGCCCUGCGGGGGGGCAGCACGGGCAUGCCGCCAUGGGUCUCCGAGGGCCCACACGUGGAACGCGUUCUACGCCGCCUUCGACAGCUCACGGAGCUACACUGUCACCUAGGCAACAGGCUCGCCGACGAGGCAGCGAAGGAGGGCGCUAAGCUGGGACUGGCAGACGACCAGCUGGACAUCGCCUACGGCCUCGAUCUCAUCGCAAGGCAGGCGAUGAUCUUCACGGGUAAGCUCCACGCGCGCAUGGCGGAUCGGAAGCAGAUCGACCACGCCAGCGACGUCAUCCUGGAGCUCGCGGAGCACGAGGUGGGCUACGAGGAGCCUGAAGCCAGUGGUGGCCACUCAGCCGAGGCCUCCUGGGUGGCUGCAGGAGCAGCGGUGGUGGCCCUCGCAGCGGCGCGAGCCUCGGCGGCGGCCGAUGAGCCCCCUGCAGCACGACGACCACGUACGCCUUGGUUGAUCGGGGGCCACGCCAUCGUCGAGAGGGCCAUCACGGGGCCUGGCACGGACGGCUCCACCAUGGUCCACUGCGUGAAGUGCUACGCCUAUGCCCACCAGCGCACGAUGGGCAUCCUGAGGCCGUGCGGCACGGGGGCAGGACGUGAGCCACAGACGGACAGGAUUCGCAGAGGGCUGUUCCCUAGCGUGAAGGGCGGCCGCGGUGCAUGGCGCCUCGGGGAGCAGCGUUUUCCCUCCGAGGCCUGGCAAGCGAAAUUCGGCCAGAGGCUUGCGCCCCCCGCCGCCCCCGAGGCCAGCAGGGCCACGGGCAGCGGGCAGCUGGGCCCAGCGCAACGUCUGCCCCGUUCGCGAGCGCUGCAGCGUUUUGGGGUCGGGCCGGGGCAGGAUGCCGACUUCCUCUCCUGGUCGGCCAGGCAGCGUGCCGCUCGGAGGUCCGAGGGAGACCCCGACGAGAUCGAAGGGGAGUCCUCCGACUAA